AAAGAAAUUAACAAUUAUUUAGUGUCUUAAAUAAUCCACUUCCUGUAUUGGAGAGUGGUUUCUGGCUGAGCUCAUAAUCGAUUUUUUGCGGCUUAGCCAAAGGAAUAAAACUAUUUUUUUCUUUUACCUUUAAUUUUUCAUUUUGGGUCGGGGGUUCUUUUCAAUUGUUAAGGUUCAAAAAGGGGGGAAAAACUACAAGUUAAAAAAUGAAGGGCUCAUCAAUGACAACAGUAGUGCUACUAUUGGUGAUGGUAAUGUGUGGAGAAAUGAGCAACGCUCAUGAUGAUCAACCUCCACAAAGCGUGUUCGAUAUCACAAAAUACGGUGCAGUUUGCGACGGAAAAACUGACAUUUCUAAGGCCCUUACCAAGGCAUGGUGCGAUGCAUGUGCAUCAUCUUGUGCAUCCAAAGUGGUGAUCCCACCAGGAGAAUACCUGUGUGGGGUUACCAACCUAGCUGGUCCGUGCAAGGCCCCAAUCGAGCUUGAAAUUAACGGAAACCUCAAGGCGCCCUCUGUCAUUAAGGGUGAAGACUGGCUCGUCGUUCAAUAUGUGAAUGACGUUAAGAUCUUCGGUACCGGCACUCUAGACGGCCAAGGAGGACAAUGCUGGGAGAAGAAGGGCGACCGCGCACCGAGAUCAAGCCAAAAUUCGAAUACCAAAAUUAUUCAGAACAUGAGGUUCCAGAACAUCAACAACGGCUGGGUAGAGGGACUCACUAGCAAAGAUAGCAAGUUCUUCCACAUGAGCACCUUAUAUGUGAAGAACAUGACCCUGACCAAGUUGCACAUGAUUGCUCCGGCGGAAAGCCGCAACACCGACGGAAUCCACAUCAGCAGAUCCUCUUGCAUCACUGUCACAGACUCCACCAUUGCCACCGGCGACGAUUGCGUCUCCAUGGCCGACGGCCUCGACACAAUCACCAUAAGGAACAUCAAGUGCGGUCCUAGCCAUGGCAUCAGCAUUGGCAGCCUUGGCAAGUACGUUACCGAGACACCGCUCAAGUCAAUCACCAUUCAGAACUGCACCAUUGCCGACUCCGACAAUGGGAUUAGAAUCAAGUCAUGGCCCGACAUGUUUGCUACCUCCUUGACUGACGUCCAUUUUGAAGACAUCAUCUUAGAAAACGUCGACAACCCGAUCAUCAUUGAUCAGAUGUACUGCCCCGAUGGCGCAUGCAAGUCUAAGGGUCCAUCGAAGGUUCAAAUCAGUGACGUGUUUUUCAAGAACGUGAAGGGAACUUCCAAGUGCAAGGAGAUCAUCCAGUUGAUCUGCAGCAGCUCUCACCCUUGCCAAAAUGUACAGAUGUGUGAUGUUGACAUCACCUACAAAGGAGGUGUUGGACAGGCAGUUUGUGAGAAUGUUAAGCCUCUAAUUUCAGGAGUCAUGAACCCAAAAGGGUGCUAGAUGAUAUAUGUAACUACUACGUUCUCUGGGCACGACAAUAUUAAUGCAUGCAUGCCUAGCUAGCUUUCCCUCCUCAACUAUUGACACGUUCUUCCUGUUUAUAUUUUCCCCAACCCAUUUAAUGCAUUGGGAUAUUGGCCCUUUGUGUAGGGAAUCACUUUGUAAUAUCCAUAAUUAGAGGUGUUUUAUAAUAUAUUAUAGUAGUUUUUACCCGGUCCGUGGGAUGUAUUAAAUCUUAUUUAUAAAAUUUCCAUCUUGUGAUCAAGUUUAUUAAUUUGGAUUGAACUAUUAACUCGGUCAUUUGACUGGAAGAGUUCAAGGUUCCACCAGGGUGAACCCAAUUCCUAAUUUUAUCUUAUUUGAAAUAUAUAUUAGGUAAAUAUAUGAUGAUAUCUUAAGGGCUAGAAUGUAAUGUAUUUUACAGGUAUCAAAUGGUUGGGUCAACUGACUAAUCCAAUAUUUUUCUAAUUUUAAAUAUGCAUUAUGUAUUUAUUUGAUAUUAUAAUGUAUUUAUUUUUGUAU